UCAGUUCAGGUGUGAAUUAAUCGGGCGGGCUUUUUCCGAUACGCCUUGCUAAUAAAAAAAUCGGCGACCAAACUGUUUCUCUUCUCCAGCAAGCUUCGUAGAGAAGGAAGAAGACUGGAGAAGAUGGAUAAUGGCGAAUCAUCAUCCACCAACAAUUCGUCGCGUCCAUGGGAAUCCUACAACACCUUCUUCACGAACGCCAAAGCCGGAAUGGAGGGAGUUGACAAAGAGAAAGUCCAGAGGAUUGUCUAUGAAAUGAGUAAAGGAUCCAAGUUUUUUCAAAAUGAGGAACGUAAAGAAGCUCUUAUGAAACAAAAGAUUGAGCAUAUGCGUGAUAGAUGCGCAAAGCUCUCUUCCUCUGAUUUAUCUAAUUAUCACAAGGUGGUUGAUAAAAGGAUCUUAGAGUUAGAAGCUACACGUGACCUAUCCAGAAUUUGGCUGCAUGUUGAUAUGGAUGCUUUUUAUGCUGCUGUUGAAACUUUGAGCGAUCCUUCUCUCAAGGGCAAGCCGAUGGCUGUUGGAGGAUUGUCCAUGAUCUCCACUGCUAAUUAUGAGGCAAGGAAGUUUGGGGUCCGUGCUGCAAUGCCUGGCUUCAUUGCUCGUAAACUAUGUCCAGAUUUGAUAUUUGUUCCUGUAGAUUUCACUAAGUAUACUCACUACAGUGACUUAACAAGAAAGGUUUUUAGGAACUAUGAUCCUCACUUCAUUGCUGGGAGCUUGGAUGAAGCCUACCUUGACAUAACUGAGGUUUGUCGAGAAAGAGGUCUUUCAGGUGGAGAAAUUGCAGAGGAGCUUAGAUCUUCUGUUUAUUCCGAGACUGGACUGACAUGCAGUGCUGGGGUAGCUGCAAACCGCUUGCUAGCCAAGGUUUGCUCAGACAUUAACAAGCCUAAUGGACAGUUUGUUCUACAAAAUGACCGAUCAACUGUCAUGACAUUUGUAUCUUCCCUCCCUGUAAGAAAGAUCGGUGGAAUUGGUAAGGUUACUGAACAUAUUCUAAAAGAUGCUUUGGGAAUUAAAACAUGCGAGGAGAUGGUGCAGAAGGGACCUCUUCUCUACGCUCUCUUCUCUCAGUCGUCAGCAGACUUUUUUUUGUCGGUUGGACUGGGGCUUGGAGGAACAGACACCCCUCAGGUUAGGUCUCGUAAAAGUAUUAGCAGUGAGAGGACAUUUGCUGCGACAGGAGAUGAAAGAUUGCUAUAUUCGAAGUUGGCUGAAAUUGCAGAAAUGCUAUCUCAUGACAUGAAAAAGGAGGGUCUAACAGCAAGGACGUUGACACUUAAACUGAAAACUGCCUCCUUUGAGAUCAGGAGCAGAGCUGUUAGCCUGCAGAGGUACACGUGUUCAAGCGAUGAUAUACUAAAGCAUGCUACAAAGCUGUUGAAGGCGGAACUUCCUGUUUCCGUAAGGUUGAUAGGUUUGCGCAUGUCGCAGUUCGUUGGAGAAAUCCGCAAUUCUGAUCCUUCACAGGGAACUAUUACUAAGUUCAUCGUUCAAAAGGAUUCUUCAAGACAAGAUCUGGAUGAUAAUGACUCAUUUGACUUAGAUGCUAGUAAAAAUUGCUUAAGUAAUGACCUGAGUUUAUCCUUUGGUUCCCAUGAGACAAGCUAUGCCCAUCUGAAGGAUGUUGUUGAAUAUGAAGAACGAUCACAAAUAGAUUCUGAAAAGGUAAUUCCAAAUCAAGAAUGUGAAAAAGAAGAAAGGCCGCAAGUACUGGAAGGAGAUGCUCUGCUCAAAAAACACAAGGAGUGCAAACUAGAUACGAAUCACUCGAUGAAUGAUAGUUCUAAUGCACAAAACACCGAAGCAGUUUCAGUAUUUCCGCAAAGGCCAUUAUAUUGGGUUGAUGGCUACAAAUGCGUCUUGUGUGGGAUAGAGUUACCACCAUCUUUUGUUGAGGAACGACAAGAACACCCUGAUUUUCAUCUUGCUCAGAGACUUCAAAACGAAGAAUCUGGAUCUAGUUCUUCCACAACACCUUCAAAACGAAGGAUUCUCGGAAAGGAAAAGGUAAAUUCCAAGCGAAAGAAGCAGAAACCAGAUCAAAAGGACAGUAGCAAACACAUCCCAAUACACACAUUCUUCACAAAGAGCAAUCAAAACUCGAACGAAACCCAGAGGAAAUGAAGAUGGCUCUGAUUUCACCUAAACUCAAUCUCUCACAGUCCAAUUCCCUGGGUGAAAUUACCGUCGAUGUCAGACAUCCUGACGUCAUCAAAAGCUCGAAAGCUAGACUUAAAGAUCCAGACUUUAGGACCGUUUUUCAGAGUGACGGGGAAGAACGCAGAUACAGGCGGUGAGGUAGGACGAGCAGAGGGAGUGGUGCGGCCAUGGUUCGGACGCGGCUUGGUUCUGCAUUUGGAUACGAUAAGACUGACGAAAGAGACGGUGGCAAUGGAUAAGUCUGUUCUUGGAGUUGGUUUAUACGUCGGAGCUGUAGCUAUUCGUCAUGGCUACGACUGUGGUUGCCGCACAGCUCAACUUCUCGCUAUCUACGACUCCGAUCUCUACCAUUCCAAGCUGGUUAGGUUUUACAGAAGAAUUGGGUUCGAAGAGGUGAAAGAAGUGAGUGGGUCGUCGAUUGGAGACAUGGCUGACAUGUUAGUGUGGGGUGGAGUUGGUACUCGCAUGGAUGCUAAUAUCCAUCAUCUCCUUCUUAAAUGGUACAAAGUUUUCCUCAAAUCACAUUCUUAAUUGCAGAUGUAUAUUAUGUUUAUCUACACCAUACGAAUCACACCAUAUGAUUUCUGACAAGAAUUAUAUAUUUAUAUACUUAUCUUCUGUCUU